UUAUUAUAUACCAGACUUGAAAUUUUCAAAGCAACCAAUCAAAAAGUAUUUUCUCUUCGUCUUUUUCCAUUAUCAUUUCUCAGUGUACAGAGAGAAUCAUCAUUCAAAAUGGAGGCUUCUCAAGAACCUCACCUUCCAAACUACAUGAAAGACGACAACGUUAGCCAGGAAACCAAGAACUUGAUAUCUUCUCUUCCCUCAGACAAAGAUUUUAUGGGUUACAGUCUCUACAACUACAAAGGUUGUUGGUACUAUCCCAACACACUCCAAGCCGUUCUUGACGUCCAAGAGCAUUUCCAGCCACGAAAGAAGGACAUAAUCCUUGCUUCUUUGCCCAAAGGUGGUACCACUUGGCUCAAAUCUAUAGUCUUUGCCGUUUUACAUAGAGAAAAAUACAGCGAAAAUCCCGAAACACAUCCUUUGCUCUCACAAAACCCUCAUGACCUUGUCCCAUUUCUUGAGAUUGAGCUAUACGCUGGUAGCCAAACUCCUGAUGUCACAAAGUUUCCUUCUCCUAUGAUCUUUUCUACACACAUGCACUUGAAGACAUUGCUUGAAGCCACCACAAGGUCUUCUUCUUCCUCGCCUUGCAAAAUCGUGUACGUGUGUAGAGGUAUCAAAGACACGUUUGUCUCCGCUUGGCAUUAUAGGAACAAGUUGCAUCGCACGGAGAUGGAUCAAGCCAGUUUUGAGCUCAUGUUUGAUGCUUACUGUAGAGGAGUUCACUUAUACGGACCCUAUUGGGAGCACGUAUUGAGCUACUGGAAAGGGAGCUUAGAAGAUAAGGAGCAUGUCCUAUUUAUGAAGUAUGAAGAGAUCAUUGAGGACCCUCGUCUUCAAGUCCAGAGACUCGCUGAGUUCUUGAACUGUCCAUUCACCAAGGAGGAAGAAGAGAGUGGAUCGGUGGAGGAGAUCGUGAACUUGUGUAGUUUGCGUAAUUUGAGCAGUUUGGAGAUUAAUAAGAAUGGGACAAUAAGAGUUGGUGUAGAUACUAAUGUGUUUUUCAGGAAAGGUGAAAUUGGUGACUGGAAGAAUCAUCUCACUCCUCAAAUGGCGAAAACUAUAGACGAGAUUGUUGAGUCUAGACUGCGAGGUUCGGGUUUGAUAUUUCAAUAAAGUUGUGAUAUGCUCUGUUUCUUUACACAUUAAAUUUCAGCAAAUGAAGUUAUGUGUUAUGUUCUUGAUUUGGAACUUUCAUGCGUGGCUCGGGUUUGGCAUUUCAAUAAGGUUGUGUUAUGUUGUUUUAAAUUGAGCAGACAUAAAGGUUAAGUCUAAAGGCUAUUAUUGCGAA